AUGUCCGAACCCAAGUACCGGGACUGGAUCCUCGAGACAAUCGACUCUCUGCGCUCCCGGAAAGCCCGACCGGACCUUGAGAGAAUAUGUCGUAUGGUCCGGAGAAGACACGGCUCGGAUCCAGACAGAACCAGGGAGGAACUGGAGAAACUGAUCCAAGAGCAAACAGUGCUCAAAGUUAGCUAUAAGGGCUCCAUAUCCUACAGGAAUGCGGCGAAGGUGCAGAGAAAGAGUCGAAAGAAGAGUGACUUCACGCCGAGUAGCGGCGGCGGUAGCGGUGGUGGGAGCGAGGCGGAGGGAGAGCAAGCCAAACACGCCAGUUUGAACAACAACGGGGACAGCGCGCACAGCUUUACCGACCUAGAGGAGGUGGAGAGCCAGGACCGAGAGGAUGACUCUGUCUCCGAGCCGAGCGAAUGCCCUGACCCCCGGCCAGAAACUCCGGGUAUCACCUCCGAGAAAAAACAAAAGCUUUUUCCACCGAAUAGCGGAAACGGCCCUGGCUGCUGCCCAGGUUGUGGCGAAAUGGGCUGUGCUGCCGGGAGAGGCUGCAGUGGGAAAGCAAGUGCGUCAAAAGACAAGAGAUUAGGAGAAAGAGGAGGAGGGGGGCAGGAUGGGGGUAGCAGCAGCAGCCCUUUGGCCGGCAACCACGACACAAAACCGGGCCACGAUGGGAGCGGCGCUCCGAGCAAAGCAAAGGGGGUCUGGGGUGGAGGGGGAGUGGAGACUGGGCAGGAGGGCAGCAGUAGCAGCGUUGGUGUUGCUGCUGAAACGGAAAAUACAAUUUGCCAGGGGAGCGCCAGUUCUAGUUCCAGCAGCAACAGCCAUCUCCUGCGGCCGAAACAGCUUCAGCCAGCAUCCCCACCUGUCAAACCCAAACUCCGGGCCGGCCGAGGUGAGGGGAACCCGGGGGUGGGGGGCAGCGGGCAAACCAGCUCGGAUCUGGGCGACAGACUGAUCGCCUCCGUCCGCAGACUAGCCGAGCAGAACCGAGCCUCCGCGUUAAGAGGGGAGACCCGCGGGGGCCACAAGCCGCUGGGACUGAAGGAGAUCCUGGGUUACCUGACCAACCAAGACGGCCUCUCAUCUGAGGGUAAGCUGACCCGCAACAGAGUCAAGGUGGUUCUGGAGAGAGAGGUGGCGAGAGGUCGGCUGCGGAGGACCCGGUGUGGGAACAUCACUCUUCCGGUGAGGGGAGUGGAGGCAGCGCCAGUCCCAGCGAAGCCCCACGGCCCCGCUAACAGACUGCUAAAGAGCGCACUGCAGGAUAAGCACAUUGGGAAAAAGGUAACUUAAUAUUUCCAACACGUCCUAUAGCCUACGCACACCGAGAGAGAGACACAAUACGCUCACUACACCCUGUCUGCUUAUGAAUUAAUGAUCAUGAUAUCAAAACACAACGCAGACAGACGUCUCUUUCUCUUUUCCCUCUGUAUUUUCCCUCCAUUCUUCUUCUCUCUUUCAGCCUAACUAAGCGCAAUCACUGGUAAAACUAUUCUGAAGGCAAAUCUAUCCCUUGACCUAAAUGAAUCGUGGGUUUAAAAUGACGUUUCUGGUCUGGUGUGUUUUGUGUGAAUCGUAGAUAAUGGUAACGUGAACAGUGCGCCGGGAGAACAGACACCCUGGUUUUUGUCCUCGACACUCAACUGUCUGUCUUGCUGCCUGCUCACUGUUUCCUAUAGGGCUCCACUGCCAGCCAGGCAGCACAAAAGGUGCGGGCUUUCAGCUGCUCAACAGCGCUCUCUCGUCCGUUCGCUUCUCUUGUUCCAUAAACACGCACACACUGGAGCACGCCAAGAGAGAGGGCGACCUAAAACGAGCGACCACAAUAUGCUGUAGCGGUUUCUCUGUAUUUGGCGCGGUGAAAGUUCGGCUAUAGGCUACGGUCCCUAUAGCAUAGACGGUGUCUAGCUGGCUGUAAGUUAUAAGGACGGACGGACGGGGCGUUACGAGGCUAAUUCGGUGCAAUAGUUUGGUCACGGGAUACUUUCCAUGGCGGAAAGUCUGUCUGCACCAAGGCUUUAUUCACCUCACAGGCACUUGUUUUUUUCUCCAUUAUAAUCUUCUUAGUUCCGUGCUUCUCUCUCUUUACUCUCUCUCUAACCCUCUAUCCCCGCCUCUAUCUCUCAUGUUCGUGCCUCAUUACGCCCUUUCUAAGCUGCUACCUUUUUUUAAACAGCACAAAUGCAUGCUCCCUCUCGCUCUCUCUCUCUCGGUGAUGUAACUGUAGUCAUAAGCACACCCAGUCACCAAGCAAGACGCACUGAUUCUCUCAUGAUAGGUUACAUUAAAAUUCUAAAACCGAGAGGGCAGUGCGUGUUUUUAAGCCGAACCUGGGACUGUUGUGGCGGGGGAGAGGGUCUAGCUCUGUCGGUGCAGCCGGUUGCUGCCUGGGCCAUUACAAAGGCACGCACCGUCUGCGCUUGGCUCGAGCAGCGCUGCCUGUCAAUAACGAAACAGUGGACAAAAGAGGUCGCAAGAAUGUAGGGAGGGAGUGAGCAACAAACUGGCGCACGCCAAAGUAUGAUGCAGCUUAGUUCGCCACUAUGAAUAAACGAAUGAGUGACUGUUGGCUACCAAGUUAUAUAGCCUGUUUCCUGAAAAUAAAGACAUGUCUCAAACUGUAUUUGACAUAUUCCUUUCUUACUCUGCUAACUCUGCUAAUUCAUACUAUGAUGUAACUGUAAAACCUGGUGAUUUACAGUAUGCAGACCUGCAACUGAAUGCUCUUUCUCUCUCUCUCUGAACCCCCCUCUCUCUCUGAACCCCCCCCCUCUCUCUCUCUCUCUCUCUGAACCCCCCCUCUCUCUGAACCCCCCCCCUCUCUCUCUCUCUCCUCUCUCUCUCUCUCUCUCUCUCUCUCUCUCUCUCUCUCUCUCUCUCUCUCUCUCUCUCUCUCUCUCUCUCUCUCUCCCUAGGAGGUGAAAGAGGAGGAGCCAAUGGAGACAGAGAGUGGAGAGGAGGAGGAGGAGGAGGAUGAAGAGGAGAAGGGAACAGGGGAUGCUGAGGAUGGGGGACAGAGUGACACCCAAACCUCAGGGGGUGAGGAGGGUUCUAAGGGGGUGACUUGCCCUGCCCCGGUUCCCAUGGAAACGGAACCGGGGAAUGGUGAUGACAUCACUGGAGGUUCUGCGGGACAGGCGGGGGUGAAGCAGGAGGACAAUCAACCUGAACACACAACCAAUACUGUCUCUGCAGACCAGAUACACACAGACACACAGGUAUAGGCUUCCCCUUCACAUCUCUCUCUGUCUCUGCAGACCAGAUACACACAGACACACAGGUAUAGGCUUCCCCUUCACAUCUCUCUCUCUCUGUCUCUGCAGACCAGAUACACACAGACACACAGGUAUAGGCUUCCCCUUCACAUCUCUCUCUCUGUCUCUGCAGACCAGAUACACACAGACACACAGGUAUAGGCUUCCCCUUCACAUCUCUCUCUCUCUGUCUCUGCAGACCAGAUACACACAGACACACAGGUAUAGGCUUCCUCUUCACAUCUCUCUUUUUAUAUGUCUCUGUUUGUCUGUUUCUUGCUUUUGGUUUCUCUUUUUCAUAUUGAGUAAUUUUCCCCCAGGAAAUUCAUCUCUCUCUCUCUAUCUCUCUCUCAAUUCAAUUUCAAUUUAAGGGCUUUAUAUGCAUGGGAAACAUAUGUUUACAUGACCAAAGCAAGUGAAAUAGAUAAUAAACAAAAGUGAAAUAAAUAAUAAAAAAUGAACAGUAAACAUUACACUCACAAAAGUUCCAAAAGAAUAAAGACAUUUCAAAUGUCAUAUUAUGUCUAUAUACGGUGUUGUAACAAUGUGCAAAUAGUUACUCUCUCUCUCUCUCUCUCUCCUCUCUCUCUCUCUCUCCUCUCUCUCUCUCUCUCUCUCUCUCUCUCUCUCUCUCUCUCUCUCUCUCUCAGGAUCAGAAUGUGGUACAGUCAGAGAGAAUGAGCCACACUUCCUCUGUCCACAACCAUAACUGUGAGUUCUGCUUUUCAACGCCUGUGCGUGGGAGUGUGUGUGUGUGUGCGCGCGUGUAGUGCAGUGCUAACCCCUCUCCUCUGUGCCAGCAGGUUCAGCCUGUAAGACAGAGGUGGGCGUGUCCUCCUGUCUCCUCACCCCAACCGCCUCACCUAGAGACUCUGGUCUGGCAGAGGAGAGAGGGAUGAAUGGAGGAGUGUGAGUAUGAGAGAGAGAGUGUGAAGGAGAGUAAAUAUAUUUCACAUGAAUGAGAGAGGAGUAAAUGAGGGAGCUUGAGGGAGGAGCAGAUGAGUGUAUGGAAGGAAGCGACGGAGGGAGGCAAGAGAUGAAGAAGUGUGUGUGAAACGAAAGUAUAUUCUAGUCAUUUUGUAACUAAAUGACAGUUACAAGUAGUAAACUGACUCUAAGCAAACACUUAAAAUAUUUCCCCAUCCCCCUCUCUUACUCUCUCUCUACCCCCAUCCUCUCUAUCUCCUUCUCUCUCUCCCCCUCCCCCUCUUUCUACCCCCUCCCCCCUCUCUCUCUCUCUCUCUACCCCCAUCCUCUCUAUCUCCUUCUCUCUCUCCCCCUCCCCUUCUUUCUACCCCCUCCCCCCCUCUCUCUCUCUACCCCCAUCCUCUCUAUCUCCUUCUCUCUCUCCCCCUCCCCCUCUUUCUCCCCCCUCCCCCCUCUCUCUCUCUCUUUCUAGGUUUGUGAAGUCUGAGCUGGGCAGGCUAAACCCAGUGAACUGGACAGUGUCUGACGUGGUCAGUUAUUUCACGUCAGCAGGGUUUCCAGAACAGGCCUUAGCCUUCAGGACUCAGGUGAGAUGA